AUGUCCGACGACGUCGCCACCCAAAAGCGCAACCUCCCCCUCCGCGCCACGCGCGCCCUCUGCGCCGGCAAGACCUACAUCGUGACCGGCGCCAACGUCGGCCUGGGCUUCGAAGCCGCCAAGCACCUGGCCUCGCUGGGUGCGGGCCGCGUCAUCUUGGCCGUGCGCACCGUCGCCAAGGGCGAGGCGGCCAAAGCGGCGAUCGAUGCGGCGGCGGGCACGGCGGGCACGGGCGUGGUGAGCGUGUGGCCGUUGGAGUUGGAGAGUUUUGAGAGUGUGAGGGCGUUUGUGAGGAGGGCAGAGGCCGAGUUGGAUAGGAUUGAUGCGGUGGUGGAGAAUGCGGGGAUUGCGCUGGCGGAGAGGGAGAUGGCGGAGGGGCAUGUUAAGCCGGUUACGGUGAAUGUGUUGAGUACGUUGUUGAUGGCGGUGUUGUUGGUGCCCGUGAUGAGGGCAAAGGCGGAGAAGGUGGGGGAUGGGGUGCUGCCGAGGAUUGUGGUGCUUACGAGCAGGUCGGGGUUUGGUGAUGAUGGGCGUGUGGAUUGGGAGGGGGUGAAGGGGGAUGCGAUUAAGGGGAUGGAUGCCGAGGAUAUGGUGCCGGCCAAGACAUACCCGUUGUCCAAGCUCACCGAGGUAUUCGCGGUUCGCCAUCUGGCACGCGAAGUGUUACCGGUCGAAAAGGGGGGCGUCAUCAUCAACCUGGUUUGCCCUGGACUAUGCGUCACCGAGCUUAGUAGAAACGCCCCUGAGGAAUUCACAACGCGCCUACGCCACUUGCACAGCUUGUAUGGACGGACGGCCGAAGACGGCAGCCGCACGCUGCUGCACGGCGCUGUGGCCGGUGUAGAGAGCCAUGGGAAGCUGCUUCACUCUUGCGAGGACGGCGAGCCCGACGUCCCCGACUGGAUCAAGAAUGACCUUGAGGCGCAGAAGAACACCUGGGAGGCCAUUGCCAAAGAGCUGGAGGUUGCUGAGCCGGGCUGCGUGGCCAACAUGCUGUAG